GGUGGUCGGCUGCGGUGCCUCCAUCAUGAAGAACGUCUGGGAGAUCAGAAUGCGAGAGUAUGAACUGAAGAUAAAACUGGAGCAGGAACGGAUACUGAAGAGUGCUCUGCCCUCAAUUAACCAGGACUGGGCAAAUCGAAUGGUUGCUAAAGUGGUAGGAUACAAAAGGGUGGAAAGGAAAAUUAAGCCACCUGAGGCUCAGAUAGACAACAAUAUCUGGAAGAGCAAACAGCCCCAGCUUCCUCGUACUCUUCCUCAUGUCACAGGCUCAGGUCCACUCAGCAGACCAAGAAGCCACAGCAAAGGCCUCUCUACUGCAGUUCCCAACCUUAAAGACAAAAAGGCUCAGGACAAAAAAAUAAAUAGGCUGCAAUUACUCAUGUUCAUAACUCAAACUCAACCUUCCACUUUGGUGUGGGGGAAGUCAUGGAAGUACAAUAAAUCCUUGCGAUCACCAACAGAGAGCGCCAUAGACUGGGGCCAGUGCUGGAUGUUUGCGACCCAGCAACCUUGCUCUGAAACUGGGAAACGUUGGUCAAAUGAGCCAAAUGUGAUGAAUCCACAGAACCUUAAUGUCUGGAUAAAACCUGACAAUAGGAAGAUGGAUUCACAGCAGCUAAAUUUGAGUCUUCCCAUUGAAGAUUGGCAGAUGUCCUGGAAAAAAUCUGAUCCAUGCAGCAAAGAAGAUACAAAUGGAGAGAAUAUCCCCAAAUCUGGAUUUUUCACAUUGCUGCUUGAGACUGAGCACCACGAUGAAGUCUUGCACUCAUCUGAAUGGAGUGAGUCAUGGAGAUCAACCAAGUCAGCAAUUCAGCAGGAUCCCAUCAGUGUUUCAGAUGAUGGUAUAUUGAAUGAGUGUGUUGCUAGGAAGCAAGACAACAAUCAAGAGAUAAGCUCCAAGUGGGAAGAAUGUUGGAGGCUUGUAAACCACCAUAGCUGCAAAAAAUCUGAGGUGCCUCAACACAAAAAAUCUCAGAGGCCAGAGUGGGCAAACUCAUGGCGAGUAGCUACGGUGGUCGUUAACAAGUCUCAGAAUUCAAAUCCCAUUUUGAGAAAAGAUGAUGACUUUAAUGACCACAACCAACACAAAGAGCCCUGUUUCCACAAAAUCAUGCCUAUGUCACAUGAGCAUAAAGACAACUAUCUAUACUUGCAGCACUGCAAAGAAUUUAAUGGAGUCUCUGAGUGGAGCAAGUCAUGGCAGGUGACCAAAAACAACUCAGAACCGUGUGAGGAAAUAAAGAAAGUCCUUAAGGCUUUGCCACCAAGGGCAGAAACUGCUUUGGAGUCUCAGUUGUUGGACAACAACACUAAGGUGUAUUUUUCAACUUCAGAAGAAGCAGAUUUACAGUAUGAAAAACUGAAACACAACAUAAUAUAUCAGCCAAAGAGAGAAUUCAGCCAGUCUAAGUUAUUUCUUCUGAAAUAUUUAGAAAAGAAUCUGCCUUUCUCAGAACUGAGGGACUCUUGGAGGACAAUAAAGCAUAGAAUGACGUUGGAGAGAAGAAGACUGAGGAUAAACCUACUCAGCUCUUUCAAAGAUUCACAAAAGGGGGGUUAUAUGAAGCCAGCUGCUGCAGAGUGGAAUGACUCAUCGAAGUUUACAUGCCAGCCCUUGUACCAAGUGCCUGACCUGUGGCAGCAGGGUUGGUCCACCCCAGCUCAAAACCGUGUAGCUCGAGCAAAGUACCAGAGCCACAUUGUACUUAUGGCAUUCCCUAGUAGUGAGGGAACUAGGGAGUGGUGUUUGAAGGAAUCGUGGAAGUUCUCAAGAAACCAGAAUCGAUCAGAUCCUGGACAGAAAAAGGUGCAAAUCCACCAAGGAAAUGGUACUUCUCACAAUCCUGACAAAUCAUGGACACAAGGGAGACAUGUCACUGCAAUUUCAGACUGGGAGGCAUCCUGGAUGGUCUCAGAGACUCAGUUGCAUCAUGAUAAACCCUCCUUAACUCAGUGGAGAGAAGCCUGGAAGUGGUCGAUGUACCACACACACUGGACUGAAUCAAUGCCUAGAGAGAACUGGGUGAAUGAAUCAUUGGAAAUCGAACACCUAAAGAGGAAGACUUCCAUGGAAAGAAUCAAAGCUAAAAUGAGCUGGUCUUUUGACAGCCAGAUUUUCAGGGAAAGAUACCCUGAGAAAGACUGGAGCCCUUCAUGGAAAGCUGCAUCUCUUUUAAGUCAUCAGCCAAGUCAUUUUGGAUCUUCAGAAAUAGUUAGGCAAAGUAUAAGCAACACUAUUCAACAGCAACAUGCCAGUGCACACGAGCAUGGAUGCAAGUGGGGAAAGUCAUUCAGACUUGCCAACCCAAUGCCACAAGUGGAAAAAUCCUGGCUGGAGUCCCCUUCUAACCAUCAGUAUACAGUCGAAUGGUCAAGAGAAAAGAAAAUACAAAAUAACAUCAGAAACAUGUGUGACAACAAUACACCAAACUACAGCCUUUGGAAAAACUCCCAUGAGUUUCUGCAGAGUGCCAAGGUGCAUAACAAAGAGAAAAGAAAGCUAAAGGGAACCAGUGACCCAAGGGUCAUCAUAACAAAAACAGCCAAAACAAGAAGGCAUUUGUACUCCAACAAUGACAAGGACAAACAAUUAGAAAAGAAGUGGGCAGGAUGCCACCUCUUGGGCAAAACCCAACCACGUUCAAGGAAAGGUAGUUCUGAAAAAAAGCUAAAUCCUGAGGAUAAAACCAAUGAAAAGUUCCUUGAAGAGUGGGAAGAAUCUUGGAGAUUCUUGGUUAGGCCUGAUAGUUUGAAAAAGCAGAUGUCCUUCAAGUCGCUGUCAGGUUGGAAUGAAUCCUGGAAGUUCCUAUUUCCACCAUACAAACCUCUCAAUGGCCCAAAAGCAAAAUAAGUAGAACAUGACUAUGUAGUUCAUUAGAUUUGUGAAUCUCUGUC